CAAACUGUUUCUAUUAAUAUGACAGUGCAGGGGAGUUAUUUGGCGAAAGCUGUUCAUGAGAAGUGUCUAAAUUCUGUGGGGUAGAAAGAAAGGCUUUAACUCCAAAAAGUAAAAAGAGCCUUUCAAAAAAGGGCAGAUGUUUUGUGCUGUAGGGUGAAUUGAUGCAACUGUUCUCAAACUUCACAGUUAUGGAUGGAGUUGUCUCACCCUCAGAAUCAGCAAUGUCUGGAUUCGACUACACAUGUGAGCUGUUGAUUGUCCAUUCUUGCGAAGCUCAGGAAUGGGCUACAUAUCUGCAGAAGAUCUUGAAGUCGUCACGCAAGUUUCCCAAAAGGUCUAUCGUAUUGUAUGCAGUUGACAGUGCUGACCAGCUACAUGGAUGCGAACUGAACAUUUUCUAUAAUACUAAAUGCAUCGUGCUGCUGCUGACAACAGCAAUCCUGGACAUUCUAAAUGACCCUGAAAUCCUGGGAACUUUUCAGAGACUCCUUCAUCCUCCACACAGAGUGGUGGCGCUGUUGUGUGGGAUGUCGGGCGAUGACGUACCCACUGAAUGGUUUGAAAACUGGCAGAGCUGGAGAAAACUGUAUGCUGAAGACGAACCUGCUCUUUACAUCUCCACCAUUCUAGAAUCCAUCGCUGACUGUAAUACAGAAGAGGCUGAACAUGAGGCGGAAGCUACAGCAAAAACAGAGUGCGAAAUCCCUGUGGUUAUGAACCCCAAAGCUGAGGGGACAGAGGAAGAGUCAGUGACAGAACCAGAGUGUGUCCAGGACGACAAUGACGAUGUGAGAACAGAGAUCCACCCAAACCAGGAAAUGAGCCCCACACAACCCACCUGCCUCACUGUUCAACCAAACAGAGUUUUAUGCGGGGACCAUGCAACUAUUUUUAUAAUCUUUUCUAAUAAACUGGACAACCAGUUGAAAAUGGAGGUGGUGUUUGCCUCUGAAGAUUCAACUGCAAAACGGGUUCUAGGGAUUUUGGAGAAUGAAUACACAAUCAGUAUUAAUGCGCCUGAUAUGCCAGCAGGAGAGGUGUCACUCACUCUGUAUAGCAAUGACUCACCAGUCUGUUUGAGGCCUGUAACAUACUACACAGCCAUGGGAGAAAUCAGCCAUUAUCUUCAACAUGCAGCUGCUCCCCUGAACUUUAUGUGUCAGGCAUUCAAUUUAACAUCCAAUACCACAGAGUCACUUGACAAUUUGCUGACAGACUCAUUACAAUGCAGGAUCCCUGCAAGUGGACUUCAUGUGUUUGGAAUCAGACAGCUAGAGGAUGACAAUAUGGCUGCAUAUCAGCGAAAGGAGGAGCUUCCCACUCUGCUUCAUUUUGCAGCAAAGUACGGGCUGAAGAAGCUGACAACAGUCCUGCUACAGUGUCCAGGUGCCUUACAGGCCUACAGCGUGAUGAAUAAGAAUGGAGAUUACCCAAAUACACUGGCAGAGAGGAGUGGCUUCUCUGAACUGAGACAGUUCAUAGAUUACUUUGUGGAGACAGCUGGCAUGGCGGAAGAAGAUGAGGAGGUGUACGAGUCCAACUCUUCUCAAGACAUCAUGAACGACUCUCUAAACCCUGGGUGUCAAGAAGACAUCUACGAGACCAUGUCCAACUCUUCUCAAGACAUCAUGAACGACUCCCUAAACCCUGGGUGUCAAGAAGACAUCUAUGAGACCAUGACCGAGUUAAACCAUGACUCCGAGGAAGACCUAUAUGAGGACAUGGAGAAGGCAUUAGGAGAGUCUCAUAACCAGGAGGAAGUCAUACUUAGAACAUAUUUUCAAGGUAAACCUGAUGCAGGUGUGCCCCAAGUUGGGGAGGAUACAACUGAUGAAGAGGUGGGAGACCAGGUGGAAGAACCAGAGGGGUUUGAGGACGAAGAACUUUACAACAUGUGUGUUUCUGAUCAAAUCUAUGACACGUUGGACGAGAGUGCAAGCUAUCUCCCGGAAAUUGUCAACCGUCCACCAGCCCCCAUUCCGAGACCUGUAACAUUUUCAGAGCCUGAGGAUUCCAAGACGUACAUUUCAAGAGUGUUUUCAGCAAAAGAAGAAUCAAGUCCACAGACGGACCUCAGAGAAACAGAGUCGUUUACUGUGAGGCCUGUGAGAGAUGGAGCCUCCACCUCCUCUUCCCACAACCCCUAUGCUGAGGUGAAGACCCAAGGCCAGAGGCAGCUCAUAGCCUUGCAGGAGAAGGUGAAGGUGGGGGUCCUGAGUGUGGAUGAUGCUCUCAAGGAAUUCAAGGCCUGGCAGUUUGAUGAGGAUAGGAGAUCUCAGUCUCUGCGUAAUCAACAGGAAAAUUUGAAGAGAUUACGAGGCAGCAUUACCAGACGCCACAAAGAGAGGGAGAAGUUUGGGAAGGCGAUAGGUCUGGAGAUAACCGCCCCACUACAGAGGAACCUUCCCUGGGGCGCCAACAUGGCUGUGGAGUGUUCUGUGUACGAGCCCACCCCACGGGUCAUUGCUCAACCCCCUCCUGUGAUCCGGUCAAGCCAGAGAGACACCUGGAAGACUGGCAGUACCUCCAGCACAUCCAGUACUGGCAGUAACAGACUCAGCACACAUAGUACGAUUAGCUACAGCAGCGGAACUGAGCCUGACUUUGAGGACACAGCAGACUUCCUCCCUCUACCCCCACUCCCUCUACCCCCACGGCCCGCUGAGGCCGCACCUCUACCUCCUCCCCCCAGAAUCCCACCACGACUCCCAGACCGGGCUGUUGAGAGUUUGCUGGAGGAGCGCUACGUGUCAUACCCCUCUCGAGCUCUCCCUCAGAGACCACCUCAGAGGAACAACUCUCCCCCUCUCAUACCCCGGAGAACACGAUGACACACAGUUCUGCUGUUAUAGCAUUUCAAAUGACUGCCCUCUAAAAUAUCUGUCAGGAACAAAUCAGGCAGUGUUACUUACAGUAUUCAUACCCCUUGACUUAUUCCACAUGUUGUUGUGUUCCAGCCUGAAUUCAACUUUUUUUAUUAACCAUCUACAUACAAUACCCCAUAAUGACAAAGCGAAAACAAGUUUUUCGAAAUGUUUGAAAAUGUAUUGAAAGGGAAAUACAGAAACAUCUCAUUUACAUAGGUAGUCACACCCCCGAGUCAAUACUUUGUAGAAGAACCUUCGGCAGCAAUUACAACUCUCUUAAUAACUUCACCAUGCUCAAAGAGAUAUGCAAUGUCUGCUUUUUUUAACCCAUCUACCAAUAGGUGCCCUUCUUUGAGAAAACCAUUGGAAAAUCUCCCUGGUCUUUGUGGUUGAUUCUGUGUUUGAAAUUCAAUGCUUAACUGAAGGUCCUUACAGAUCAUUGGUAUGUGUGGGGUACAGGGAUGAGGUAGUCAUUUAGAAAUCAUGUUAACCACUAUUAUUGCACACAGAGUGGGUCCAUGCAACUUGUUAAUCACAUUAUUACACCUGAACUUAUUUAGGCUUGCCAUAACAAAGGGGUGGAAUACUUAUUGACUCAAGACAUUUCAGCUUUUCAUUUAUCUAAAAACCUAAUUCCACUUUGACGUUAUGUGGUAUUGUGUUUAGGCCGGUGACACAAAAUAUAAAUUGAAUCCAUUUUAAAACUCAGGCUGUAGCAAAACAAAAUGUGGAAAAAGUCAAGGGGUGUGAAUACUUUCGGAAGGCACUGUAUAUGAACAUCAUACAUGAAGGUUUGGGUGUGUAGAACAGAACCACAUAGAACGUCAUCCUCAAGUCAGUCAAUUCGGUAAGUAAACUGAAAUUCAUAUUUAAAAGGGACAUCUUGGAUUCAAACAACAACAAAGUGGCACCCUGUCACUUUUUUGGUGAACAGUUGAGGGGUGGGACUGUAUAAGCAUAAUUUUUUUUUAAAAAGGCAGCUAUUUUCAAUUACUUCUAAAUAAACUCAAAUGGAGAAGCUAUUCAUUUCAAACGUUUUUCAAUGUUAAAUUCAAAUCACUUUCUGAAUUGACUGACUUGAAUUCUAAUGACUCCAACCCUACAAUAGACGCAGUGGUAGUGUAAAUGAUUUCGUAAUAACUAACAUGCGUUAGAAUUGUAAACGGUUUUCAACAAAUUGAUCAAAUAAGGAUUUGUUUGUCGCGCUUUUUCGUGGAUUGUGUACCACUGUAUUAUUAUACAACCGAUCACACAAUGAACUUUGAUUUUAAAAAUGCAAAGAUGAACCAUUUAUGUAAUCUGUUUUAAAAUAAAUGUUUUGAGUUCAUGUUUGGCACGCA